AUGAGUUCGGUCAACAGUCUCGAGAGUACUUUGAAAGAGUCAUACAAGUAUGGCUCUUCCUGUAUCACUUCAACCAGCUGUGAAAAACCGCAACAGGCAUUCUUGUUCGGUUAUCCGAUUGCCCACUCCAUGGCACCACUUCUACACGCAACUCUUUUCAAGGGGGUCUGCCUACCGUGGGUGUACUCCCUCCUCGAAACCCAAGAUGCGUCUGAAUUCCUGCCAGCCCUGAAACAACAAGGCAUCAUUGGAUGUGCAGUUACAAUGCCCUACAAAGUGACCAUGACGUCCGCCGUCGACGAGGUAACGGACGAAGGCCGAAUCAUCGGCGCCAUCAACACGGUCUUCCUUCGCAAAGCAGCCGAUGGAAGUACCAGAUAUAUCGGCACCAACACGGAUUGUAUCGGUGUGAGAGAAGCUUUCUUGCAAAACAUCCCUGGCAUCAUCUCAAAAUCCACAGGCAAGCCAGGUCUCGUCAUCGGAGGCGGCGGGGCGUGUCGAGCAGCUAUUUACGCGUUGUGGAAGUGGAUGGGUGUGAAAAAGAUAUAUAUGGUGAAUAGGCUAGAGACUGAGAUCAGGGCUAUCAUAGACUCGUUCAAAGCUACUGACUUUAGUGGAGAGUUGGUUUGGGUCUCUUCUGUCAACCAGGCUGAGGCCUUGGAAGCUCCAGUUCUGGUUGUCGGCACUGUACCAGACUUUCCACCUAAAGAAGAGGGGGAAAUCUUGGCUAGGAAGAUAGUGCAGGCUUUUUUGGACAAGGAGGAGAAAGGUUAUAUUCUUGAGAUGUGUUAUCAUCCCAGGCCACGUACAGCGUUCUUCGAUCUUGGCGAGCGCGCUGGAUGGAAAGUGCUCUAUGGCACGGAAUCCAUGAUCUGGCAAGGUGUUGCACAACAGGUGCUCUGGACAGAGCUGCCAUUUGGGAAGUUUAAUGUAGAUGAGGCUGCGAAGGUUAUUACGGAAUCAUUAGAUAAACAUUAA